AUGAUAUAUAAUCUUUAUAAUACUGUAGAAACUAGCUUGGAUGAUUUCUGGAAGCUUGUUGUUGCACGAUAUAAUAGUCUUGUCUAUCUUCUUGUGUCCAAAGUCGCGCUCACAAGAAAAUCUUUCACAAGAAUAAGGAUGUCAACAGAAAACGUGAGUAUUAGCAAUAAUUGUUGUUUGAGGUAUUUUGUUAGCAACAUGCUGUCUGCACCAGAACAAGAUACAACCAUUCCGCCAGGUACUGAGAGUCCGCACACAGAGCAUGUGGUUGAAAAUGAAUAUCAAGACGAUGAUUAUGUGAGUUUAGAUGAAGAAGAUGAAGAACUUAUAUGGAGGGUUUUUUUCCAAAAACUAGAAAAGCACAACAAGAAGAGCAACAACAAUGACUCUGAGCUGGACGAAUCUGAAGAAUCUGAAGACACUAGCGAGGAAGAGGAGGAGGAAACUGGGGAUGAGGAUUUUGACGAAGAUGAUUUAAGUGAUCUUUCGGAUAUUGACGACCCUGCUCUAGUGGCCACAUAUAAGGCUCUAAUGUCUGAGAAAGUCAACAAGAAUCUUGGCGAAGAAGAACAGAGAAGACUAUUGAUAUCCAAUUUUACUGACGAUCAAAUGGAGAGAUUUGAAGCCUAUAGACGUAUGACUGUGAAUAAGCCUGGUGUGAAGAAAAUAUGUAAUGGUAUAGUAGGCCACACAAUCCCGCAAAUAAUUGCAGUUGUUAUGGCAGGUGUUUCCAAACUGUUUCUUGGGGAAAUUAUCUCAAAAGCAUUUGAAAUACAGGAACGCAAUUCUAAAGGUAGACUUCUAAUGGACAUUGAAACAAAGAAGAAACAGAAGAGAGAGAUUAUCAGUAGUUUGCAAAGGGGAGAGGAAAUUGAAGUAGAUGAAAGAGCUUUGAAAUUUGAGGGAGAUGAGAUCCACCCAUUGCAACCAGAACAUAUACGUGAGGCAUGGAGACUAUACCAGCUUGAGAACAGUGUAUUUUCUGGAAGUCGGAAAAGAAAAAUGGGAGACGAUGGCCCUUUCUAUGUUUAA